AUGGCCGCACUAUCGACAACUCUCCCCUUGACACGCGACUCAGUCUGUUGGGCGCACAAGGUUGUCAAGGAGCACGUCCAUCGCACGCCCGUCGUGACCAAUCAGACGCUGUCCGAGCUGGCUUCAACGCCAAGGACCGUCGACGACCUCAAGGACACGAGAUUUGCCGGCAAGACGCCCGCAAAGCCCGUGCUGAGACUGUGGUUCAAGUGCGAGAACUUGCAACGCAUCGGCGCCUUCAAGGUGCGCGGGGCGUUUUAUGCGCUGCACAAGCUGUUGGAGGAGCCUGGAUGGCUGGAGGGCGGAGGAAAGGAAAAGGGCGUUGUGACGCAUAGCUCUGGCAACCAUGCUCAGGCCCUGGCUCUUGCAGCUAGAGUAAACGGCAUCAAGGCUCACAUCGUCAUGCCUGAAAUCUCCAUCCCUGCCAAAAUCAAUGCCACAAAGGGAUACGGCGCCAACGUUGUCUUCAGUGGCAGCACAAGCGUCGAGCGCGAGGCCGUCACCGAAAAGGUUAUUGCCGAAACCGGUGCGCGAUUGGUCCCUCCUUAUGAUCACCCCGAUAUCAUGCUUGGCCAGGGAACUCUCGGUCUUGAGCUCCAAGAUCAAGUGGAGAGCAGCUUCGCGUCCAAGGUCAACCCAGCCGGACAGGCCCUGAGGGGCGUGUACGCGGCUGCGACGAACAAGACCAAGGGAAAUAAAGAAGGGCUCGACGCCAUCAUUACUCCCUGUGGCGGCGGCGGCAUGCUCUCCGGCGUGGCGCUGAGCUGCGAGGGCACUGGUAUCAAGGUCUUUGGCGCCGAGCCGUCAUACCAGGGAGCCGACGAUGCGAAGCGGGGAUACGAGUCUGGCGAACGCAUCCCAACCGUGUCGUCUCUCACGGUGGCUGAUGGACUGAGGACCCCCGUGGGUGUACAUCCCUGGAGCGUCAUCUACGAGCGGCGUCUAGUGAGCGGCAUCUUCAGCGUGACGGAUGAGGAGAUUCUGAAGACGAUGAAGCUUGUAUAUGAGCGGAUGAAGAUGGUGGUUGAGCCGAGUGCGUGCGUUCCGCUGGCAGUUGCGCUGUUUGAUGAAGACUUUAGAAGCCUUGUGGAGAAGGAGGCUGGCGAAGAGGGGUGGGACUUGGGCAUUGUGUUCAGUGGCGGAAAUGUCGCUGUUGAUGCGCUGGGCAAGCUGCUGGCGGGAGAAAAAUGA